GUGUUGCCGGUGAGAGCCUCGCCCAGCCGGACUUGUCCGCUAUGUUGCAGUCGCUCCGCCGGCCGACUGCCGCUGUCGGUGCAUCACGCGCGCCAUGCAGCUGCUGCCGCGUGUGCGCCCACAGAGCUACGGCGGGGCCUGCUGGCAUGCCGCCUGCUUGCCGGGUCCCGGCGGCCGUGGGCCUAUCGGCUGCCCGCCACCUCACGACGACCUCGCAGUCCGGAACUGCUGCGGGCCGCAAAUCCGGCAGCAGCAGCAGCAGCAGCAGCACCUCGGGGUGGGGUGGGCUGCGGCGGCGGCCGCUCGCGGUGGCAGCUGCUGCAGCCGAUGGCGCAUCCGCAGCAGGAGCACGAAGGACCUUGUUCGGCACCUCAGCAGCGGCAGGACCAGCAGCAGCAGCGGCAGCGGCAGCGGCAGCGGCAGGAGGCGCCAACACCGCGGCCCCUGAUGUAGCUCCCCUGCUGGGGGCUGCCAGGGACUUGUGGCCGCAGCUGCGAGACCAGCCGGACUGGAUGGCGGAGGCGGCGCUACUGCUGCUCCUCAGUCCCGGCGAAGGCAAGGUUGGAGCCGUGCCGUGCAGCAUGCCUGUUGACUCCCUGGCACGCUGCCUGCGGAACAUCAAUGCCGGGGCGUCUGCUGGCACAACUAUGGUCGGCCUGCUCACGACUGCCGCCCCGCAAGUGUUCGUUCGUGAUGAGGCGGGCAAAGCUGUCACACUCCAGCUGCCUAAAAAGAGCGCCGGUAAGGCCAAGGCGCUAGCAGAGAGGUAUGCCACCGCAGACCGUGCGCGGUGGCUUUUGCGCUGCUCUGAGGGCGCGGGGCGUAAGGUCACCUGGCGGCAACUGCGCGAUGCCGCUCGAAGUGAACUGGGGGGCAUGAAGGAGGAUACCGUAGAUACAAUGCUGGCGUGCGUGCUGGCGAUGUAUCUCUGGACCCGCCCCGAGCGGACGUGUGAAGCGGCAGUCCUGCUGCAGGGCCUCAAAGGCAUGGGCCUCUACUGGUGGUACGGGCUGCCGCGUACCGCACCCACUUGGGCCGCCCUGAAGGAGUGGCUGCAGCAGCAGGAUUACGCCCGUCGCGCCUUCGCCAUGGUCCUAGAGGGCACCUCCCUGCGGGUGAAGCUGCACAGCGUUGUAAUGAAUGCCCCGCCAACAGCUUCCGCCGCCGCCGGCAAUCACAGCGGUAGCAGUGGUGGUUCCAGCAUCGACGACAUCGACGCCGGUGGCAGCAGCACCAGCAGCACUACUCCCGCUGCGCCGCCACUGCCAGCGCCACCACCGCCAACGCCAGCUCCCCCCAGCGCACAGCUGCUCUUCCUGCAGCAGUGGCAGCGGGUGCCUCACCGCCUGUGGCACGGGAUCUCCACUGAUGACCACUACCGUAACUACAUGGAGACCGCCAUCGAACCUCUCGCGCGCGCCAUCUCGCGCUUGGAGACGGCGGAAAUGGCGAACCUGGCGGCACCACUUCGGCCCUACGCGGGGGACCCGUUCGAGCGCUCGCUUUUGGAGCUGCUGCCGGAGAGCCUGCAUCCGCACCUGCAGCCCUAUGCUGCCGGCCAGACGGCCAUGUCCGACACCGUACCAGCAGCAGAUGCAGUUGUAGCGGCAGCACCGGCAGCUGUGGCAAGUGGUGGCGUGGAGGCGGCCGGCGUUGCCCCGCCCCUGCUGGUGGAGGUGCAUCUAGACGAAGGCCGCUACCCCAGCCUAAAGGUCAGCAGCGCCUACGGCGGCGGCAGUAGCUCCGAUGGCCGCAGCAGCAGUGGCAGUCGCAGCAGUAGUAGUGGCGGUGCUGGGCCACACGGCAAUGUGAGCCACACACAGCGGCACCGCAACAGCUCCAUCCGCGUGCUGCACGGGUGUCAGGCCUCCGUGACCGAGGCGGUCGCAAAGCUGGAGCUGGUCACGGGCAGGCAGGAGCCCACCCUGCGGCGGAGCCGCACCCAAUCAGCCGCAGCCGCAGCCACCUCAACCCCUGCUGCCAGCAGCACCUCCCUCGAAUACUGCGGCACCUCCAGUAGUGGCGGCAGCGGCGUGUACGGCAGCACCAUUGACGACGGCGCCGCCGCCGCCGCCGGCGCGCCGCCGCCACCAGCCGCAGCCACUUACUCUCUGUUCCAGCCUCCUCCGCUGUUCGGCACUGACAACCGCUGCUGCGUGCCGGGCAGCCUGCACCGCAUCAGCGCCAUGCGGGACACGGCCGGCCGCAUCUACGGCCUCACCUACCGCGUGGGCCGCCACACGCACGGCGACGCAUUGCUGCUGGCAGACCUGCUCGCGCACCUGGCCACCGGGGAGCACCGCGUGGUGGCGGCGGCGGCGUCAGCAGCUGCUGGCCGAGUUGGUGGUGGAGGUGGUGGAGGCGGUGGAGGAGGAGGCGGUGUGGCGGCGGAGGCUGCUGCUGCCCCCUUUGCUGCACUGCAGCCGCUGGAGGCCGCCGGGUCGCUGCUGCUGGUGGGUCGGCCCGGCAGCGGCAAGACCACAGUGCUCCGCGACAUUGCGCGCCUGCUGGCAGAUGACCUGGACAGGCGGGUGGUGGUGGUGGACACAAGCAACGAGAUCGCAGGCGACGACCCCACGCCGCACCCCUGCAUCGGCAGCGCCCGGCGCAUGAUGGUGCCGCGGCGCGAGCUGCUGUGGCGGGUGAUGCUGGAGGCGGUGCAGAACCACGGGCCCGAGGUGCUGGUGGUGGACGAGAUCAGCUCGGAGGAGGAGGUGUUGGCCGCCCAGAGCAUCGCCCAGCGCGGUGUGAUGCUGGUGGCGACCACCCACGGCCCCAGCCUCAAGGCGCUGCUCCGCAACCACACCCUCAACCCGCUGCUGGGCGGCAUUGAGGUUGUCACUAUCGGUGACGUUGCGGCGCGCGAGAGCAACAGCGGAAAUAAGACGCGGCUGGAGCGCAAGGACAUGCCCACCUUCGCGGCGGUGGUGGAGGUCAAGCCGGGCGGCAGGCUGCUGGUCCACCCCGACACGGCCGAGAGUGUGGACCUGCUACUGCCCACCCUGACCGCCUCCACCACCGGUGGCAUCGGCAGUAGCAGCAGCAGCAGCCGGCUGCUGCGGGCCGCCGGCGGCGCCAUGGACCACGGGCCUCCGCUGGCGCCCACACGCGCGCUGUCCUCCGCGGACGCUGCGGCAGCCGCCGGGCGGCCUGAGGCAGUGCGCGCCGCGCACCUGGCCGGCCUCGCAGCAGCUGAUGCGGGUGCUGGCGGCCGUGGCGGGGCCACCGGCGCUGCUGGUGGAGCGGGCAGCGGCAGUAGCGGCAGUAGCAGUGCGCUGCUGGCCAGCCUUGUUGCGGCUGCCAAGGCAGGUCCCCACACGCAGCUGCGCUACUUUGACAGGCACGACCGGAUCUGGGUUGAGUUCGGCACCGCUGAGGCGGCAUUGCGGGCGGGGGUGCGGCUCAACUAGGUAGGCAGGUCCAGUGUUGAGCCUAUCAGGGCAUGGCACAGCUACACCUUUGCCGUGUGUCGAGGCAGUAUGACGUGCGGAUGCUCAGAAUGCGCGCGGUACAUCUUCAGCACCUACUGGGAACGGCGGCAGGCUGCUCACCACAAUGCCGCAACAACUUUGGACGGCUUGCUUGGCGAGCGCGGCUGGGUUAGCGCGCGGUCAUUGGCAUGGAUCGAUGGCGCUGUCGGGAGAAUCAUGAUGCACUCUUGCGUGCUGCGAGCGAGGAGGCGUGGAGCGGCCUAGAAGGCCGCCAA